AUGGGCAAGUCGCAAUCGAAGCUCUCGCCCUCGCAGCUCGAGGAGCUGCAGAGAGCAACCCAUUUCGACAAGAAGGAGCUCCAGCAAUGGUACAAGGGAUUUCUCAAGGACUGCCCAUCAGGAACCUUGACCAAAGAGGAGUUCCAAAAGAUCUACCGGCAAUUCUUUCCCUUCGGUGACCCAUCGUCCUUUGCCAACUAUGUGUUCCGAGUGUUUGACUCGGACGAAAGCGGCAUGAUUGAUUUUAAAGAGUUUAUCUGCGCGCUCUCGGUCACCUCACGCGGCAAGAUGGAGGACAAGCUGGACUGGGCAUUCCAACUGUACGAUAUUGACGGUGAUGGCAAGAUUACUUACGACGAGAUGCUGGCCAUUGUCGAGGCGAUUUACAAAAUGGUGGGAUCGAUGGUGAAGCUCCCGGAGGACGAGGAUACACCGGAGAAGCGGGUGCGGAAAAUCUUCCGGAUGAUGGACAAGGAUGAGAAUGGCAGCCUGGACAUCGAGGAGUUCAAGGAGGGCAGCAAGCGCGACGAGACUAUUGUCUCCGCGCUAUCGCUGUACGAUGGGUUGGUAUAG